AUGCUAGCCAUAGCUGCGUUUCAUGACUAUGAAAUAUGGCCGAUGGAUGUCAAAACCGCUUUCUCUAAUGGAAAGUUGACUGAGGAUGUUUACAUGAGUCAGCCAGAGGGUUUUGUCGAUGCGAAGCACCCUAAUAGAGUGUGUAAGCUUGAGAAAUCCAUUUAUGGAUUGAAACAAGAAUCUCACAGAUGGAAUCUUUGUUUCGAUGAGAAAGUAAAAGAGUUUGGCUUUACGAGGUGCGAGGAUGAGUCCUGUGUAUAUGUCAAAGCUAGUGGGACUAUAGUUAGUUUUCUCGUAUUGUAUGUGGACGACAUACUGCUCAUAGGAAACGACAUCCCAACGUUGCAGGAAGUUAAAUCCUGGCUUUGGAAGUGCUUCGCUAUGAAGGACCUCGGAGAAGCUGCCUAUAUUCUAGGGAUAAGGAUUUUGAGAAAUAGGAGUAAGACACUAAUAGAACUUAGUCAAAGUACAUACUUGGAUAAAGUGUUGAAACGUUUCUGCAUGGAGAAUUCCAAGAAGGGGGAGUUACCAAUCCAAAGCAAUACCAAACUGAGUAACACUCAAAGCCUGAGUACAGAUGAUGAUAUAGUAGAGAUGAGCAGAGUACCUUAUGCUUCCACAGUUGGCUCAAUCAUGUAUGCUAUGACAUGUAUUCGCCCUGAUGUGGCCUUCGCUUUGAGCAUGGUCAGCAGAUAUCAAGGGAACCCUGGUAGAGCUCAUUGGACCGCAGUAAAGAAUAUUCUUAAGUACCUACGCAGGACCAAGGAAUUGUUCCUUAUCCUCGGUGGGAGCGAUGACUUCAGAGUACGAGGGUAUAGUGACGCCAGUUUUCAGACAGACCGAGAUAAUUACCGAUCUCAGUCAGGUUGGGUGUUUACCCUAAAUCGAGGAGACGUGACUUGGAAAAGUGUCAAGCAUGAGACCGUGGCUGAUUCAACGUGCGAAUCAGAGUACAUAGCAGCAAGCGAAGCGUCGAAGGAGGCAAUAUGGCUAAAGAACUUCAUUGGAGACCUUGGAGUUUUACCGGCCAUAAAGGAGCCUAUGGAGAUUUUCUGCAAUAACGAAGGUGCGGUUGCCUUAACCAAGGAACCGAGGGAUCAUGGUAGAUCCAUACAUAUCGACAGGAAAUAUCACGUUAUUAGACAUCGGGUGGAACAGGGACUCCUCGUAGUAAAGAGGGUAUUAUCAGAGGAGAACCCAGCAGAUCCCCUUACGAAGGGACUGAGUAGGGUUAAGCACUUGCAGCAUGCUAGGAGCAUUGGGCUGAAGGACGAUAUUAGUUUUAUUGAUUAG